CGCACAGUCGUCGUCGAGCCAGUGUUGCGAAAGAGUGCAAAAUGAGUACAGCCAAGUGGGAGAACAACGAGGAGAUUAAGAUCUUUCGCGAAUAUCUUCGCAUACCAACGGUGCAUCCAAAUGUGGAUUACACCGUUUGCACGGAAUUCUUGAAACGCCAGGCUGCCAGCUUGGACCUGCCCGUGGAGGUUAUCUAUCCGGUGAACGAGCAGAAUCCCGUGGUGGUGCUAAAAUGGCAGGGUUCCCAGCCGGAACUGCCCUCCAUCAUUCUCAAUUCGCACACGGAUGUAGUGCCCGUUUUUGAGGAGAAGUGGACACACGGUCCAUUCAGCGCGGAUCUAGAUGCAGAGGGUCGCAUCUUUGCGCGCGGAUCGCAGGACAUGAAGUGCGUGGGCACCCAAUAUCUGGGAGCUGUGCGUGCCCUCAAGGCCAGUGGCUAUCAACCCAAGAGGACGAUCUAUCUCACUUAUGUUCCGGACGAGGAGGUUGGCGGCCACCUGGGCAUGCGGGAGCUGGUAAAGAGCGACUACUUCAAGAAGCUCAAUGUGGGAUUCAGUUUCGACGAGGGAAUCUCUAGUGCGGAUGAAACCUACGCUCUGUACUACGCUGAACGGACUCUUUGGCAUCUUCGUUUCAAGAUCAGCGGAACUGCUGGUCACGGAUCACUGUUGCUCCCGAAUACUGCUGGCGAGAAGCUGAACUAUGUGGUAGGCAAAAUGAUGGAGUUCCGCAAAUCGCAAGUGCAAAAACUAGCUGACGACUCAUCCCUCGAAAUUGGUGAUGUGACCACUGUGAAUCUCACCCAACUGAGGGGCGGAGUCCAGAGCAACGUGGUUCCCCCAUUGCUGGAAGCUGUAUUUGAUAUCCGCAUUGCCGUCACCGUGGAUAUCCCUGCCUUUGAGAAGCAGAUUCGCGACUGGUGCGAGGAGGCUGGCGGCGGCAUUGAACUGGAGUUUGAGAUGAAAAACCCCUUUGUGGAGCCAACAAAGAUUGACUCGUCGAAUGCCUACUGGCUGGCCUUUAAGAAAGCACUCGAUGACCUUGGCCUCAAGACACGGGUUCGUGUUUUCCCCGGCGCCACGGACAGUCGUUAUAUUCGCUACGCAGGCAUUCCAGCUCUAGGAUUCUCGCCCAUUAACAACACCCCCAUCCUGCUGCACGACCACGAUGAAUUCCUGAAAGCCGAUACCUAUUUGCACGGCAUUGAGGUUUACAAGAAGCUCAUUCCUGCCGUAGCUGAUGCUUAGCGAACUCAAUUCAAUUAUGAAAUAAUGCAUUUAAUGCUUACUUGUCGAUGUUUAUUGUAAUAACUUUAAACAAGCAGGCUUAUAAAAACCCAUUUAAAUAAACAAUGUAUGAAUAAAUAAGCCAGUCCAUAGUCCAUACCAUUAAUGAUAACAUUAAGCUCUUAGCGCAAAGAUGAAAAUCCGCAAAUUGUGGGCUCUUCUAAUCAAGUAGCUUAAAGUCAACAACUGAUAAUGCCAUUAAGUCAAUCCACACUCAGACUUCAAACCAAACAGCACGGUGGAUUACAAGUCAGUUCCUUUAGAACCACGGGGCAUUCAACUCAAAAUGUGCACUUGCACGGAACAAUGGAAGAACGACGAGGAAAUAAUCAUUUUCCAGGAGUAUUUGCGCAUUCCCUCGGUGCAUCCAGACGUGGACUACACUGCAUGCGUGGAGUUCCUAAAACGCCAGGCUAACAAACUUAAUCUCCGCGUGGACGUGGUGUAUCCUGUUGUGCCUUCGAAACCGGUGGUGAUUAUGAAGUGGCUGGGCAAGCAUCCCGAGCUGAAAUCCAUUAUAUUGAACUCACACAUGGACGUGGUGCCCGUGUUUCCCGAAAAGUGGACCCAUGAGCCGUUUGGUGCCCACAUAGACGCCCAAGGCCGGAUUUAUGCACGCGGUGCCCAGGACAUGAAGUCCGUGGGAUGUCAGUACAUGGCUGCGGUCCGUGCACUCAAAGCCAGUGGCUAUCAGCCAAAAAGGACCGUAUAUUUGACUUUUGUGCCCGACGAGGAAACUGGCGGACACAUGGGCAUGGCUGAAUUCGUCAAGGGUGAUUACUUCAAAGCCAUGAAUGUGGGCUUUAGCCUGGACGAGGGCAUCGCCAGUGAAGAUGACACUUAUCCUGUAUUUUACGCCGAGCGUACAUUGUGGCAACUUCGAUUUAAAUUCAGUGGCACUUCAGGUCAUGGAUCGCUGCUGCACAAAAGCACGGCUGGCGAAAAGUUUCACUUUGUGAUGGAUAAGCUGAUGAAGUUCCGAGAAACCCAGGUCAAGCUACUGGCCGAGGACUCCUCCUUGCAGUCCGGUGAUGUGACCACUUUGAACCUGACCCAACUCAACGGUGGCGUCCAAAGCAAUGUGGUUCCCCCCGUACUAGAAGCCACUUUUGAUAUUCGCAUAGCCAUCAACCAGAAUGCCGAUGCAAUGGAGAAUCAGAUUCGCGAGUGGUGCAACGAAGUCGGUGGUGGAGUGGAACUGGAUUUCACGCUGAAGUGCCCCUCGGUGGUGACCAAGAUAGACGACUCCAAUCCCUACUGGCUGGGCUUCAAAAAGGGACUAGAUGAACUAGGUUUGAUCACCCAUACACGAGUUUUCCCCGGCGCCACCGAUAGCUUCUACGUCCGGCAAGUGGGAAUUCCCGCUCUGGGAUUUUCACCCAUCAACAACACCCCGGUGCUGCUGCACAAUCAUGAUGAAUAUUUGCGGGCCGACACAUAUCUGCACGGAAUUCAGGUGUACAGGAAGCUCAUCCCCUCUAUUGCUGAUUCAUAAAAUGUUCAAGCGAAGUUCCACUCAUAAAUGGAAAUCAAUAUGCUACAAUUGGUCUUAUCGCUUAUGAGUAAUGUUUUUGGCUCGAUGAGUGUAGGACCAAAAUUAAAUGUUUAAAUGGUGUGACUACUAC